AUGAAGAUUUAUUACAUCGGGGUAUUAAGAAACAACACCGAAAAAGCACUAGAGCUGUGUUCUGUGAAGGAUUUGUCGCAGUUUGGUUUUUUUGAGAGAAACGGAGUCGCGCAGUUCAUGACGUUCUUCUCUGAGACGGUGGCAGCCAGAACCAGUGCGGGCAAGAGGCAGAGCAUCGAAGAGGGUAAUUACAUAGGCCAUGUGUACAGCAGAGCGGAGGGCUGUUGUGGCGUGCUCAUCACCGAUAAGGAGUACCCUGUGAGGCCAGCAUACACACUUUUGAACAAGAUCAUGGACGACUACUUGGUGGCACAUCCCCCUGUCGAAUGGAAGGACAUCACAGAGACCAACGACAACCUGAAGUUGAAAGAGCUGGAUGUUUACAUCACGAAAUACCAGGACCCAUCCCAGGCCGACUCCAUAAUGCGUGUCCAACAAGAAUUGGACGAAACUAAGAUCGUUCUGCACAAGACCAUCGAGUCCGUGUUGCAGAGAGGCGAGAAGCUAGACAACCUGGUUGACAAGUCGGAGAGUUUAUCUGCAAGCUCCAGGAUGUUUUACAAGCAGGCGAAAAAGACAAACUCUUGUUGUACCAUUAUGUAA